AAUAUAUCCGUGAACAACAUCCUAGCGAAAAAACCUACAAUCAAGAGAGAAUAUGACUGACCCACGGAAUGUGACGUAGCAGACGUUGGCAUAUCGCGUUGAUAGGGAAGUGUGUAGGAAAAAUAUGUUGCGCGUACCUAAGGCCACCGACCCCACAAUGAGCUGGCGACAAAACACUACUCAAAACUGCGUGAAAACCUCCUAAAAAACCAAGCCAGGGCGUAGAUUUUCUUCUUGUUCUUUUCGAACUCUGCGUUUUGUGUUCUGUGUUGUGUUCUGGUCUCUUCCUCUCUCUCUCUCUCUCUCCCUCUCGUACCAGUAUAUAUUCAAGCCAGACGCCUGCUUAAGAAGCUCUCUCGUAUAUGCAAGUCUGCCGUUGAGACAGAGAUGGGGUCGAUGGUUGUUCCUGCGAGGCUUUGCAUUCUCAGCCUGAGCAUUCUUAUUCUAACCACCUCGUCCUACGCUUCUCACCAUGUUCAUGCACUGCCUUCUCUUGAACAAGCACGAGAAGCUCCGGUGGUUUCCCCUCGCAACUCGCCAAGAAAGCUCAGACCCUUCGAGCAAGUCGCUGUAACUGUAAGAAGCAAUCCUGCCAAACUGGCUGAGAAGCUCAUUGUUCACAUAAAAGGGCGUGGCAAAGAAGUUCCCACGGCGGCGCCAAAGCGGAAAGAAGAUAAAUCGGGUGGGGAUGGCGUCGGCAGCAGAGAACCAGGCCCGGCGACGAUGCAUGGGAAGGACAAGAGAGGGACAUGGAGAGAAUGGGGGGAGGGGACCGACCCGACCCAAUAUUUUACCAUGGAUUAUUCCCAAGUCCGAAGACGACGCCCGAUUCACAACAAGUCCUUGCCGGUUGGUCCAUGAAAAAAAAAAAGAAGCCUUUUGUCCCCUUAAAUUUUUGUCCUAGGAGAACGUAUAUGUUUAUACAUAUAUAGAGUCUCCCUUUUUAAGGACACUCCAAACAAAACGACCCCUCGUUCGCUCUACAAAAUUUUCUGAAAAGACAGGAAAGCCGUGUCUUUUCCUGCGAGUAGGGAAAUGAGGGAAGUGUCUUAAAAACAUCUCUCUCGUGGCCGACAUCGUCGAGCAAAA